CUAUGCGACCUCCGUCGUAAUGCCACGAUCAUCAUAUCACGAUCGACAUUCCGCAUAUUUAUUGCAUUAGCUCUUCCAGCCCCAGUCUGAAGUCGGAAAAUACGCGCUUACAAUUUCCAGUUUUUCUCAGCGCAGAAGAUCGCGUAGCGCUAGUGGUCCUAGAAUUCAGUUCAGUUUGGUUCGAGUCCGAUCUGCGGUGCGGUGCGCUUCCAGGUGAGAGAUCCGAUCGAGUUUACCUGUGCGUAUACGAAGUAAGCGGCAUUCGCGGCGUUCUUAGUGAGAGUACCUGUGCUUUGUGUUUUGAUUUACAUUCUGUCCGGAAAAUUCUUCCCAUCCGAGUGUGAUCUAAUUAUUUCCAUCUAUUGCGUAUGCGAUCUGAAUGAGGCUUAAGCCGGAGAGUGCAAAAUAGUGAAGAUACGCGGAAAAUUUCACGUGUGCCGUCCACUUAUCUGGUGAGAGUUUUCAGCACGGGUCACCGGAGUGCAAGUUCUUAAAGGUGCAAACGAGAAGGAAUUUAUGGUGAACGGUGAUAGCGCGACGAGGGCAGCACGGAACCGGUUCUGAUCGUUUUUCGAGUGCAUGUUUUUGCGAUUUCGUUGCCCAACUUGGUGAUAUUGUGCGGUAAUUCCUAGGGCAGUCGUUGAACGUAGUAUUUGCGGGGGAUACAUCUGAGGCUAUUGCAUAAAGCCCACACUGUGGAUAUACACUUGACACUCUUACCCUACAUAGGAACCUUGGAUUUAUUAACCUCCGACAGGUUUUUGGAAUAAUAGCGAACGUUACGCGGGUGAUGCUUCUUGUUCCUCGAAAGUGAUAUUAACCUCAAAUGUCCCAUUAACAUCCUCAAUGGAGUGUUAAGAAUGCAGUCUGGGAAUUUACGAUUAUGGCUUGAGUGAUCAUCACAUUUUUAAUAGUGCUCCCCAUCCAUACCUUUCCGGAUUUCGUCAUACACUACCGCAUAAUAUACAUACUCCGUGUGUUCGCCGUAAAUGCUCGUAAAUUAACAAUUUGUCAUUUCAACAAGGUUUUAUGGUUAUUCAAAUCCACUUCGACGCUGGAAGCUAAUGUUCGUUGUAAUUGAGCAAAGAUCGGUUGAUUCUGUGUCAAAGAUAAAAGGAUCCGCGUGAAAUUUCCGAAAUGGGCGGUGGUAAACAGAAAGGGGCAAGUGAUAAUUCGGAAGUUAAUGAUGACUCAAAGAAUGGAUUUCGAGAGCCGCGAAGAGGAAGCCGCAACAGAGCAGAUCGGAAUGUGGAGGAAGCAAGGCCACUGAGAAGAAGUUUUGAGUCACGAUCCAAUCCACAGGCUAGAAAUAGUAUUAAUGGGGCUGAAGGCGGUGGUCAGUCCGACAGUGAACCAAAAGGAUCUUGCGGGGCCUUCAUGUCACUACUAGAAAUGCCCAAGCGGGCACAAUUGCCGUUUUUAAUUGCCAUAAUUUUAUGUGUUAUAUUUCUUGUGAUACUCAUCUGCCUAAUUGCAUUCUGGCCAAGAAUUCCCCACUACAUGACCGCCGAUGUCUGCACAGACAAAGAAUGUAUGGAUGCCAGUCAACAGAUGCUGAUAUGGACUAACCUGAGCGCGGAUCCUUGUCAGGACGCGUACAAAUGGGCAUGUGGCAAAUUUGAUGAGGAGUACUCCAAGCACAGUUUUUAUGGUUACAACAAGGGAGAGUGGAAUUUCAAAGCUUAUCAAGAAUAUAAAGAAAUCCUGGAAUUGGACCAGUUCAUUUCACAACUGCCGUCAUCGGCUCUUUCGUAUUCAGCACCAUCAAUUCUAAAAGGACUUUACAAAUCGUGUCGCGACUUGGAGACUUUGGACAAAGCCCAGGCGGAGUUUCUUCUAAAAAAAGCUAUGCAUUCGUUAGGUGGAUGGCGAGCAUUCCGAGAAAGCAAAAGGGAGCAAAUGUGGGCCUACACAACUGCGCUGAUACAUUUGCAGGCGAGUUAUGGCUCAUCUCCGUUCUUCAAAGUGUCGGUUGAAAAUAGGGUGUCACAUCCUUAUGGAAAAAUUAUUACUAUAGAUGAAGGCGAGGUCGGUUUACCCCAUAAAAUGUUCUACAGUUUAGACAAUAAUCACAAGAUUGUAAAAGCCUACAAGAUGCUUCUGAGAGAUUUCGCGAUAAAUAUGGGUUUGGUGGUAGAAGACGCAAAAUUAUUUGCAAAUGGAGUCUUCCACUACGAACAACGCAUUGUUAGUGAAAUACAACUUCGUCAAGAAACCAGUGACAAUGAGCAGAACCAGAUAAGAACCCUGGGGGAAGUCAAGAAAAUCGCCCCAUCACUUCCUAUUUUCGAAUCAGUUCAAGCUAUUUUCAGUAAAACGAAAAUUACGGAGAAAACUGAAGUCCUCGUGCGUAAUGUAGAUACUCUAGAAACAAUGUCUAUAAUUGUAUCAACGUCAGAUAGACAACCCCUAAAUGAUUUCAUCAUCUGGUCGGUUGCAAGGAAGUAUCUACCAUAUAUGUCGAGAGAAUACCGUGCAUUGAUAGAAGAUUUUGAAAAAGUUUUGCAUGGUCAUAUAUCAACACCACCGAAAUGGUAUUUCUGCUCCAAAACAAUCCAAGACUGGGUUCCAUUCGCUAUUGACGUUCUAAAGCAAAAUCCAGCAUUAAUUACCCAGACUAAUUCACCAGUAAACAUAGAUCAACCCAAAUCGGACUAUCUACUGGAGUCGGAAAGUGAAAAGAACGAGGAGCUCCUCAAGCUGAUGUUCUUCCACAUUCGAAAUGAGUUGCAGGAAUCUAUUGAGAAUGCAGAUUGGAUCAAACAGGACGGACGGCAUUUUCUCAGCGAUAUGCUAUCCAACAUUAAAUUGCAAAUAGGCAUUCCCACGUCAAUAUUAGACACGAAUAAGUACGUGAAUGAAUACUACGAAGAUCUUUUGCUUCAAAAUUUAUUUUUCGUUGAGCACUUGGAGCCGUUUUGGUUGUUUGCAAAGAAGCAAAUGGAGAGAAAAUUGAAACCUUCACCUAAUUUGAUUGAUGUUAUUGUAGAUGAAUUGUAUCCUGGCUACGGAUAUGAGACGAAAUUGUUCACGUUUAAUGCAGUUCAAAACAUGGCAAUAAUAUCAAAAAGAGCCCUUCAACAACCAUAUUUUCAUUACAAGUAUCCGAUCUCAGUCAAUUUUGCCCGAGUUGGGGCCGACAUCGCUGAACUGCUACUUCGCAUGGUAUUCCUCCAUAGCGCUCAAUACAACGACAAGCAGAAGCUAAGCAACCAUUCAGUGAAUAGCAUAAGCAUCCUUGGCGACAGCAUAGAAUGCCUGAAUCGCGAUAUAGAGGACAAAUCUAUACCCAAUGCAGUCAUAACAAAACUUUAUCGCCGGAUCUCCUCCAUAAAUCUGGCAUCAAAAUCAAUGCAGUCGUUUGUACGAAAAGUUGACAACUCUGAGCCAAUCUCAGGAUCAUCAGGAUUAGAAGAUAUAAACUAUCACGACUUGGAGUUGGACCGAAAAGAUCGUCAAGCGGGUAUGCGAAAAUUUGAAAAUGAGCAAAUUUUUGUACUAUCCCAGCUGCAGCGAUACUGCUCGGUCACGAGCGAAUCAUAUUCCAGAUACAAACCGUACAUUGAAGGAGAUAUAGCGGAAAGUGAAAGUUUUCAAAUCAUGUGGAGUCACCUGGAAUUCAUGACCGAAUCACUUUCCUGUUCUUCUGGGGCACAAAAGUGCAGUGAUAUUCUUUAAUCCUACUCAAUAAGACUUUUUAUGACUUUUACGUAAGAUCAUGCGAAUGCGCUUAGACGUCUCGCUAGCCGUUUCAAAUUUUCAGUCACAAUUCUAUUUUUAUUUGAAAUUUUAAUGAUUAGAUAUUUUGUAAAGAAAUAUGUAUUGUAAUAUGUUUUAUACAUAAAUUAAAAGAAAAUUAGAUAUUA